AUGUCUUCAGGACCAGGUGACGAACGCUUUGUGAUGACGCUGCAGGACGUGUCUGCUCUCAAGUCUUUGGACUUGGACCUGUCUGACAACAAGUGCGUGAUCUUCGCUUCCUGUGACGGUGCAGCAGCCGAGUGGAACAAGCAGAGCUUGGUGCAGGUGUUUCUUUAUGACCGAGUCAUCGAGAUCAACGGCCAGCCCUGCUUAGCCACCGAUCUUGUAGAAAAGAGCAAGUCAGAGGAUGUGGGCACCGUGAACCUGACAGUCGAACGGCCACAGAAGCGCCUCCUCUACUUGCAGAAACCGGGGAGGCUAGGCAUGGAUUUGACGUACACCAAAACCCGAAAGGGCUCAGUCAAGCCGUGGAUUACCAACAUUUCCGACGGCCUUGUGAAUCAGUGGAAUGUCAACAUGCCAGAGCUUUCCGUUGGCGCACAUGAUCGCAUCAUCACAGUGAAUGGAAGUGGUGGAACGCCUGCCGACUUGGUGCAGCUCCUCAGCUCCGCAGAUGACACCAUGCACUUGGAGGUUCUGCACUACAACAUCUGA